AUGAUUGAGGACAAGUAUAUCGGCCUGGCUCUUGCCAUGGCUUCGGCUCUUGCCAUUGGAACAAGUUUUGUUAUUACAAAAAAGGGAUUGAAUCAAGCGGAAGAGCGACAUGGCUUUGAGGGCGAUGGAUAUGUAUAUCUGCGUAAUCCCCUGUGGUGGGCUGGUAUUGCGACUCUUGGUCUUGGAGAGGUCUGCAACUUUGCCGCAUACGCUUUCGCCCCUGCUAUCCUCGUCACCCCUCUUGGAGCUCUGAGUGUGCUCAUCGGUGCCGUCCUUGGAUCUUACUUCCUCAAUGAGGAGCUGGGAACACUAGGCAAGCUCGGCAGCGCCAUCUGCUUGAUUGGAGCUGUUGUUAUCGUCCUUCAUGCACCUCCAGACGAGGAGAUCGAGACGAUUGACCAAAUUCUACACUAUGCUAUCCAGCCUGGCUUCCUUCUCUAUGCCAUCGCUGUUGUCGCGUUCGCCGUCUUUAUGAUCUACAAGAUUGCCCCCGUCUACGGCAGGAGGAACGCCCUCAUCUACCUCUCUAUCUGCUCUACCGUCGGAUCAAUCUCCGUCAUGUCUGUCAAGGCUUUCGGUAUUGCCCUGAAGCUUACCUUUGCUGGUCACAACCAGUUCACCCACCCUUCGACCUACGUCUUCAUGAUCCUUACAGCCGUCUGCAUUUUGACCCAGAUGAACUACUUCAACAAGGCCCUGGCUUGCUUCCCCACCAAUAUUGUGAACCCUCUUUACUACGUCACAUUUACCACCGCCACUCUUUGCGCCUCCUUCAUCCUCUUCAGCGGAUUCAACACGACCGACCCCACAAACACACUCUCCUUAAUUUGUGGAUUCCUGACCACGUUCACCGGCGUCUACCUCCUCAACCUCUCGAGAGGCGACCCCCACGGCCACAAGCUGGUUGCCGGACGAGGAGGAAGCGAUGCCACGGGUACGGACAUGGUAUCUGGCCUACAGACUCGUCUGAGCAUGUCAGCGAGAAGGAGCGCCGACCCGUCCCGCCACAGCAUGAGCAGCCAGCACGGAGACCGACAAGGUCUCAUCCGCGCAUACGACGAAGAGGAGGCCGCAGGUUUUGGUCUGACGGACCUCGCCGAGGAUAGCGAUGAUGAAAUGCGACAUGCCAACGGCAAUGGCAACGGCAAGGCAUGCUAUGAUGAUAGCAUUGAGCUCGACAACCGGAACAAGUCUGGUGAUAGGUAA